AUGGCUGCCGGCCUUCUGGGGACCCGCACGGCUGUGCAGAGCGGUGACAGGCCGAGAAACAACCCCGGCUCGAAAAAAACUCCCCGAAUUUCUUACCUGCUGCUUUUUCUGGCUGGUACCAGUCGCCAGCAGCGCCCGGAGCUGUUGGCCAAUGCUGCUUGCACUGACACAAGGCCCCUGUCCUUCCUGAUGCAAAGAAUCACUCUGCUGGAACAGAAAAUAGAGGAACAAGCACAAGAAAUCCAAGGGAAGGACAGGAGAAUUGCUGAACUUGAAGAGAAGAUGAAGGCUCUCCAGAAAGAAGAUGCUCCCAACUCAUCCACAGCAGAGGAACUGGAAAUGAGAUGCCUUCAGCUGCAGAGCCAGGUCUGGGAGAUGGAGUGCUUUCUGAAGGACUACGGCCUGGUCUGGGUGGGAGAGGGACACAAAGAGCUGGAAGAUGCAGAAUCAGGCAAGGGUGAAGGAGAGCUGCCAGCAAGGAGCUGCUGGAAGCCAGGUGAAGCUGUUGUCUCCCAGCACCAGAUUGAUUUUGACUUGAUCCUGGCAAAGGUGAAGGAUCUGAACCUGCUGGCUGGAGAGGGCAUGGCUCACAUCCAGCUCACAGCUGGGGGAGCUCAGCUGAGGCAGCCAGAAGCCCUCUCUCUGACUCUGUACCAAAAUGGGAUGGUGCUGGCAGAGAGACCCUUUCAGCCCUACCAGGACCCAGCCACACAGCAAUGCCUGCAGGAUAUCAUAGAUGGAUAUUUCCCCUCAGAGCUGCAGCUGCACUACCCAGAUGACAUCCCCCUGCAGGUCACUGACAGAAGGGCUGUGGUAUUCCAGGAGAGAGACCCUGCAGGGAGGUUUCCUGGCCCUGGCCGAGUGGCUGGCCAGUCCAGACCCAGUGAGGUGCAGGGAACCACUGAGACCCCAGGUCCCAAGCUCUCCUUGGAGCAGUUUCUCAACAAGCUUCCCAAUCCCUCAGCACAUGGAGGAGAAGCCAUCAGUGCCCAAGACUCAGCCAGAGCUAUGCAGCAGGGCUCUGGUGGAGUGCAGAGCAGCAAAGAGAACCUACUGAAGGCACCCAGGCUGUCUGUCCUGGAGAGGUUGAAGAAGGCUGAAGCUGCUGGCCCUGCUGUCUGCAGCCUGCGUGUCAAGUCGGAGAGCAGGAAGCAGACCCAGGUCCUGCAGAUGCUGCCCACAGACACCAUCGGGGACCUGCGCCGGCACCUCGCACGCACCAGGGGUGGAGAUGACUCCUAUGAGAUCAUCAGCACCUUUCCCCAGAGGGUGGAUGUGGACAACUCCAGGAGCCUGCAGGAAUAUGGCCUGACCCCCAGUGCCUCCUUGCUGCUGCGGAGGAGAGACCCUUCCCCACGAGAGGGGAAGGGGCUGCACACAGCUUAA